CGUUUUAAAAAUGACAAUCGUGUAAAAUAAAACGUUCGAAUGAUUUGUCAAAUGAUUAAUUAAAAAAAAUUUAUAAAAAAAGAAAAAGAUAAAAUGUACGAUUAUAAUAUUUUAUUAUCAACAAGAUUUCCCCAAAAAUUAUGGAAAAUAAUAAAUGAAUGUAAAACGGGUUCAAUACGUUGGAGUUUAAGUGGUACGACAAUAUUAUUAGAUUACAAAAAAUUUCAUGAAGAGUAUUUGAGCCCACCGCAAUCAAUAUUUAAAACUAGUAAUAUUGCAAGUUUUAUACGUCAAUUAAAUCUUUAUGGUUUUCGUAAAGUAACAUCACACAAUCGUGAUCCAUCAUGUAAUUCACGUAAUCCUGAAAUCCAUGAAUUUUUACACGAUAAUUUCAAUCGUGAUCGAGCUGAUCUUCUAAGCAAAGUUUGUCGUAAAACUUGUAGUAAAUUUAACAAACGUUGUGACCGAGUUAAUGGUAAAAAUUAUGCAAGGAAUGAAAUAAUCAAUAAAUCAAGAAUUCAAGGAAUGUCCCGACUCCAAAUGUGCCAGCUUGCUCUUAAACAAGCUUUGGAGCAAGCGGUUGAAGACUAUCAGCGUAAAAAAUAUGAAGAAUCUAUAAAUUUCAUACACGUAAAUCAUCACGAUCACCUGUAAAUAAUUUUAUAUAAUAGUUUUAUUUAAUUAAAAUGAAUAAUGUUGCAUAAUCAAUUAAUGUUUAUUAUUACUUUUUUUCCACAGAGAGUACAAAUUCUUUCAAACAUUACGUAACUAAUUGUUUGAAAAAUAAAAAUAAUAGGUGACUUGGUAUUAUAAUUUAAAAUGUUGUCUAAUGUUUAAUUAAGAAAACGUUAAGAAUAAUUUGUUUAUAUUUCCGUAAAUAAUAC